AUCAUCAGUCUCCGGUCUCCACCCAUCUCAGCAAAAAAGAAGCUAGCACAGCUCCACACACACCAUGGCAGCCAUGGCCACCACCGCCUCCAGCCUCCUCAAGAGCUCCUUCUCCGGCGUCCGCCUCCCGGCGGCGGCCCGCACCCCGUCCUGCGUUGCCACCCCGCGCGCCGGCGCCAUCUGCAACUCAAUCUCCUCCUCCACUCCUCCCUAUGACCUCAACGCCUUCAAGUUCAGCCCCAUCAAGGAGUCCAUCGUAUCCCGCGAGAUGACCCGCCGCUACAUGACCGACAUGAUCACCUACGCCGACACCGACGUCGUCAUCGUCGGCGCCGGGUCCGCGGGGCUGUCCUGCGCGUACGAGCUCUCCAAGGACCCCUCCAUCAGCAUCGCCAUCAUCGAGCAGUCCGUGUCCCCCGGCGGCGGCGCGUGGCUCGGCGGACAGCUCUUCUCCGCCAUGGUCGUGCGCAAGCCGGCGCACCUCUUCCUCGACGAGCUCAACAUCGAGUACGACGAGCAGGAGGACUACGUCGUCAUCAAGCACGCCGCGCUCUUCACCUCCACCAUCAUGAGCCGCCUCCUCGCGCGCCCCAACGUCAAGCUCUUCAACGCCGUCGCCGUGGAGGACCUCAUCGUCAAGGAGAACCGCGUCGCCGGAGUCGUCACCAACUGGGCGCUCGUCUCCAUGAACCACGACACACAGUCCUGCAUGGACCCCAACGUCAUGGAGGCCAAGGUCGUGGUGAGCUCCUGCGGCCACGACGGGCCCUUCGGCGCCACCGGGGUCAAGCGGCUCCAGGACAUCGGCAUGAUCCAGGCGGUGCCCGGGAUGAAGGCGCUUGACAUGAACACGGCCGAGGACGCCAUCGUGCGCCUCACCCGCGAGGUCGUCCCGGGCAUGAUUGUCACCGGCAUGGAGGUCGCCGAGAUCGACGGUGCCCCGAGAAUGGGCCCGACCUUCGGCGCCAUGAUGAUCUCCGGCCAGAAGGCGGCGCACCUGGCGCUCAAGGCCCUCGGCCGGCCGAACGGCAUCGACGGGACGCUCAAGAACGUUACCCCGGCGCUGCACCCGGAGAUGAUCCUGGCGGCGUCCAACAACGCCGACAUCGUCGACGCCUAAGCAACGAGCUGGUGUUUGGGGGCAACAAAUCAAUAAGAUGGUUCGGUGAAACAGAGGAUGCUUAGGGACGAGGGCUUGCCUAUGUGAUUUGUCAGACUCGUGUUUAAUUCCGAUGUUAUCUUUAGUUUUCUUAUGUUAGUGUAUUUUGUUCAUGUCACUGCCCGCCAUGUGCUCUGCUCUGCUCUGCCCCAUGUCAGCUCCAUGGAUGAUGAGUCCUUCUGUAACAAGAGGGAAUAAAAAGGUUGAAUCUA